GCGCGCGCGCGCUCUCGCCGCCGCUCGCCCUCCCUCCCUCCCUCCCUCCCUGCCCUCCUCUCCGCACACACAAGCACACACGCACACCCCCUCCCCUGCCUCCCUCCCCGCGCGCCGCCCGCCCCGCCGGCCCCGCUCGCCCUCGCGCGCUCGGAAGGGAGUCGCGAGACGUCGGAGCGGCGGCCACGUAGCGCUGCGGCGGCGGCGGCGGCGGCCGAGGCCGGGACUGCGGAGCGGCCCUGAGGACAGACGUUGGGCAGGGGGGAGGGGCCGGCCCGGCCGGUGGUUGUUACUCGAGCGCCGCGGCUACAGGCCCCCCGCCGCAGGGAUGGACCGCCGAGGCGGCGGUCGGGGCGGCGGAGGCGGAGGCGGCCGGCCCGGGAGGAAAAACAUAUACCCUCAACUUCACCAGAUAUAAAGUGGAAAGUGCAGUGGUUCAUGAAGCAGCUGAACCAGCCACAACUUGCAUUAAAGGAAGAUAAGAUGCUCCACGUCGUUUGCAGCUUUCUUCAAAAGAAAAAUCACUAGUGCUGUGCUCUUGCCAUAAUACCAAACCUUUUGACUUAUGCUUUGGUGCUGCAACACUGGAAGAAUUGCACACAGGUUCCAGGAAUACCUUUUUUUUCAUUUGAGUGAUUCUUUGUGGAUGGAAAAAGAUUUGAGUCUUAAUAAUUACCUUGUUUUAAAGCUACUUCUCUAUAGUCUGAACUGCUUAAUAAAGUAGGCCACUUACCAAUGAGCCACACAGUCAGUUCUUGUCAGGAGCUGGUUGAAAACUGUGCUGUGCAUGUAGCAGGGAUGGCACAAGAAGAUAGCCGCCGUGGUCAAGUGCCGUCUACCUUUUAUCAUGGUGCCAACCAGGAGCUUGACCUGUCCACCAAAGUGUACAAAAGGGAAUCAGGAAGUCCUUAUUCUGUGUUAGUGGACACCAAGAUGAGCAAACCACAUCUCCAUGACACAGAGGAGCAGCCAUAUUUCAGGGAGACGAGAGCAGUGUCUGACGUGCAUGCUGUUAAAGAAGACCGGGAGAAUUCUGAUGACACAGAGGAGGAGGAGGAGGAGGAGGUCUCCUACAAAAGGGAGCAGAUCAUAGUGGAGGUAAACCUUAAUAAUCAAACAUUAAAUGUGUCUAAAGGGGAAAAGGGUGUCUCUUCUCAGUCCAAAGAGACGCCUGUUCUUAAGACGAGCAGUGAGGAGGAAGAGGAAGAGAGUGAGGAAGAGGCCACAGAUGACAGUAAUGACUAUGGAGAAAACGAAAGGCAGCAGAAAAAGGAGACGAGAGUGGAGAAAGUCAGCGUUACCCAAAGGAGAACGAGGAGAGCUGCCUCUGUUGCCCCGGCUGCUACGUCCCCUCCUCCCAGAGCUACGAGAGGUCGUAGGAAGAGUGUAGAGCCACCUAAGCGUAAGAAGCGGGCCGCGAAGGAGCCCAGGGCGCCAGCCCAGAAAGCUAAGUGCGAAGAGAAAGAGACUCUGACCUGUGAGAAGUGCCCCAGGGUGUUUAAUACUCGCUGGUACCUGGAGAAGCACAUGAACGUUACUCAUAGGCGCAUGCAGAUUUGUGAUAAGUGUGGCAAGAAGUUUGUCCUGGAAAGUGAGCUCUCCCUUCACCAGCAAACAGACUGUGAAAAAAAUAUUCAGUGUGUUUCCUGUAAUAAAUCAUUCAAGAAACUCUGGUCCCUUCAUGAACAUAUCAAGAUCGUCCAUGGAUACGCAGAAAAGAAAUUUUCCUGUGAAAUUUGUGAGAAGAAAUUCUAUACCAUGGCUCAUGUACGGAAACACAUGGUUGCACACACGAAAGACAUGCCGUUUACCUGCGAAACCUGUGGAAAGUCAUUCAAACGCAGUAUGUCACUGAAGGUGCACUCCUUGCAGCACUCUGGAGAGAAGCCCUUCAGAUGCGAGAACUGUGACGAAAGGUUUCAGUACAAGUACCAGCUACGCUCCCACAUGAGCAUCCACAUUGGGCACAAACAGUUCAUGUGCCAGUGGUGUGGCAAGGAUUUCAACAUGAAGCAGUACUUCGACGAACACAUGAAAACACACACUGGAGAGAAACCCUUUAUCUGUGAAAUCUGUGGCAAAAGCUUCACCAGCCGCCCCAACAUGAAGAGGCACCGCAGAACUCAUACAGGCGAGAAGCCCUAUCCGUGUGAUGUGUGCGGCCAGCGGUUCCGCUUCUCCAACAUGCUUAAGGCCCACAAGGAGAAGUGCUUUCGGGUGACCAGCCCCGUGAACGUGCCGCCUGCUGUCCAGAUCCCACUCACAACCUCCCCGGCCACCCCGGUUCCUUCUGUGGGGAGCACCCCCACGAGCCCCGCCCCUCCCAUCAGCAUGAACCCCGUCAGCACGCUAACCCCUCGGCCCAUGCCUCACCCCUUCUCGCACCUUCACAUCCACGCACACCCUCACCACCCACACCACCUUCCUAUCCCCCCGGUCCCUCACCUCCCCCCACCUCCAGCUCUCUUUAAGAGUGAGCCUUUAAAUAACAGGGGCCAGGGUGAGGACACCUUUCUGCGGCACCUGGCAGAGAAGAACAGUUCAGCCCAGCAUCACUAACAUCCAUCUCCUUAAAUGUGUUCUCCACGAGAGUUCCGUGCCCCGGUGUGAGUUUGCAGAGUGGGGGUUGGUGAGCGUUUCUGUAGCUGUCAGACUCUCCUCACUCCACCAAGAGCUUUGUCAUUGUCUUGGUGAAUCAGCACAUCCGAGGGAGUGGACGAGAAGACCUUGAGCUCACGGAGGGAACUGUCGAACCAGGGAACCACCGAACUAAAGCCCAAUUUGCUUGCAUUUUCUGGUGACUUUUAUAAAUUUCAAAUACUCAGACUUGUGGAAUUUUAUAAUUUCAUAUCAGCUGAUGAGGUAUGCUUGCUUUUAUAUCCUGGACUUCUCCUCAAAGAGGAGACGGGCCUGGUUUCCUUUGUACUAAUCGGGAAGGCUGUGACAUUAAUCCAGAGCAUUAAUUGUAUCACUGUGUAUCGUAACAUUCUUUUCAGCUUUUGGUGCUGGCUUCAGAGUUGAGCUAGCCGUGUUUCACAGUAUAUCAAGCAUUAUAGAGAAAGACAGAAAUUUUCUUCUUUGUGUAGCUCUCCUAAUGCACUCUUUAUUUUACUACAGAAAUUAUUUUAGAGUUUUUGUAUAGACUUCUUUAGUAGUCUGUUUCUAAAAUGAAAUGUAUUUCAAUAAGCAGUGUAAUUUUUUCAGUGUAGCUGGACCUAUGUUGUAAAAUAGAAAAAAUUUUUAUAAUCAUCAAAAUGUGAUUCUUAAAGAUGCAUAUAACUUCUAUAGUUCAAAGUUAUUCUUACAUCCGUACAACUCAAAGGUGCUUCAGAGGCUAGAUGUAUCUGAAAGGGUCUCCAGACCAGGUUACUGCGAAAAUGAGGUUUUGCUUUCGGAAUUUGGCAUAAGUCCUUGGUAGUUUUUUAAUCUCUGCUUAACGCUCGGGGGCCUGUUAGGCUCAUGGACAUGCUGUGUCCUCCAUGUUUCGUUCAGUUCAGUUAGUACGUUGAAUGGAAUGAUUUGCAGAGGGUUGAGCCUUUUCCAGGGAGGUCACCUGAAGCUGGCCUGUUUUGAAAAUCUGAGUAAAGCUGUUCGCCAUCAAGAGGAGGAGGUGGCGGAGGCUGUUUCCUCUCAGUCACGUCUCGCUUCCCCCAGAAACGUGUUCAGGUUCAGCCUCCGUGGGACGACCAACUGAAGUCUCCUAAUACACUGCUCACUUUAAGUUUGCUUUAUUUUUCUAGAAUUGUGACAAAAAGAUAAAAUAGUACACUAAAACCACAAACAUGAUGUUGCUGAUAGUGGCUGAGAAAUUUGGAUAAGAACACAAAUUGGUUAUGACUUUUAAAAUGUCUCUUCUAUCCAUGGAUGUAGUCACAACUUCGAGCUAUUCUAACACAGUUUAAAUUGUGGUGAGAGAGAGAAGACGACAUUUUGCUGCCCUGUCCUCUGCAAGCGAUGAUGUGAUAGCAGCCUUCUUGGCGAUAAGGAGAGCCGCAAAUGGGGCAGGUUUGAAAGAGUUUGGGUCACUUCUAAAGAGCAUGGUCAGUCAGGAGUUCAUUAUAAGAAAGGCUGAACAGAAGGGGCUAACAGAUUGGUUAUAUUUAACUGAUCACAUUUAUCCGGACUCAGUGUAGCUAAAAAUUUUGUAAUUUUUCAUCUCAGCGAACUGAGUUUCAAAGCGAGGUCUACUUUCUUUCUUUCUCUCUCUCUCUCUCUCAUUUUUUUAAUCUUGAAAUUUCUUCAUUUUCUUUCAUCAAGGUUUUAAAUCUUUGCCUGAAUCAGAACCCUGACUUUUAUUUAUUGUUUAUUUUUAAUGUUAAGUGUGCAGAUAGACUUCAGCACUUUUCUGGCUGAUGAGCUCUGUGGUAGGAAGACUGGAUCUCUUUCCAUUGGGGUUAAGUCCCUGUUUUUAAAAUAUCGCAUUCUCUGUUAGCUUCUUGGUUUAAUAUUUCCAGAUUUUUUUCCUUCUGAUUACUGCCUUUGUCUUCUAUAAUGAGCAUAGGAAAAUUUGGGAAUGAGGCGGAAAAGUAUCUCAAGACAUACUUUUCCUGUUUUGGGAUGUAACUUCUAAGGAAUGUGGUUUUAAAUAUUUGUAUACAUUCUUUGAACAUUCAAGUACCCAAACCAAUAAGAAGAGUUAAUUCCUUAUUUAUGACUGUUACAUCUUUAGUGGCUGCCUCCCCUUAUUUACACAGUCUCCUUGGCGUUCCAUGACAAGUUUGUGGAUAUACACCUUUGUGUGGACAUACCAUUAUUUCAUGUCCAAGCUUCUAAUAUUAAAAUGAUGUUUAAGAUAUAAAUUACAGCUUAGUUAAUUGGUUAUACCUUACUUUGUUCUAAAUAAAUUUACAAUAUUGGGCAGCAGUUCUGAAUUCUAGACUUGAGACCAUUGAAUCAAUGAUUUUAUGAAGUGUACUAUAAUUACACACUGAAAAAUUCAGGUAGUCGUAUUUGAUUUUCCAUUCAAGUGAAUAUAGCCAUAAGAAAAUAUCUACUACAUAGGAAAACCAGUAUUAAGCAUAUAAUCACCACCAUCCUUAACAGAAGCAAAGAAAGGAUUAUCUUUUUUUAAAAAUCAGCAUUGUCACACAAUACAUUUCUUAGUGAAAUGUAUUGUGGAACAAUCUGGAAACUUCCAAUUUUUUUUCCCUAGAUAAGUAUACCCUCCCUGAUUUGGGGUUUCUGGUCUUCGGGAAAACUGCUCAGAAUAUAAUGACUCCUCAUCAGUGUCAUAUUACAUAUGCCUAAUGAAAUGCAUUAAGAAUAUUCAUAACAUUAAUGCUUCUGAAUAGAAGAACUGCAGAAUUAAGCCUUAAACAUAUAUGUGCAUCAGGUUUAACACGCUUAAGACUCAAACUCAGGGUUAAAAUUUUGAUUGGGGUCCUUUACGAAAAUAAAAGUUGCAUUAUAUGGUGUGUUCCCUCCCACCUAUAGUACAGCACCCUGUGACUUCUUCAAAACUUAUUAACUACUUGUUAUCUGUUUAUGAAAAAAAGAACUAUGGAGGAGUUUGAGUUCUCAGCCCUUAUCUGUACUUAAAUUUUAAAGACAACAAAGGCCACAUUUCAGCGUUAUAUAGAUACCAAAUUGAGGCUGUUUCUCCUGACUUAAUUUUACUGUCUUCAAAGGCUUAUAUCAUUGCUAGAGUUAAGACUUACUUGAAAAUUCCCAGCUUGAGUUGCUAUUGCUUUUUAAAUUUCUUUUGCACUUUUCUAUUCUUUUCUCAUAGAUUUAUCAUUCAAAUAUAAACUCUUCCUUAGCCUUAAUGAAAGGCUGCUUGUUGCUUUCUCAAAUUGAGUGGGGCAGGCUCAUACUGAGUCAGGUUUUACAUUUGAAUGAAGAAAAUAAGAUGAACAGCUUAAAAGCAUGUGGCUUCCUUUACAUGUAUAUUUGUGAUUUGAUCCUUAUUUUUAGCAAGCAGGGAAGUCUCCACAUAAAACUUUACUACAGUAGUUCAAAGUAACCGUUGCAAAUCAGUUACGUAUACUUUUACAGUCUGCCAUUUUUACAUUAACUGUUCUAGAUUAAUGACUGAGCGUGGAUAUUACCAUAGUUGUACCAUCUUUUUUAAAACUACAUUGGUUGAAAGUACCUUUUCAUUGUGGUUAGAAUGCUCCCUAUAAUUUGAUUGUCCCUUGUAUACUAACUGGAGGCAAAAUACUCUGAAGAGAUACUUGUAAACUUUUAAUUUUCUACUUCUUGAAAUUUUUUUCACUUUUUAUGUUUUUUGAAUGGAUAUGCUUGUUUUGCUUAAUUUUUAUUUCACUGGAAGUUUUAAAUUUUAAGAAAAUCAAGCAGAAAUAGAAAUCCAUUGCAGAUGUGUAUUAUAUUUACCACAUCUUGAAGAUUUCCGUUAGUGAAACACAGAAUGGUAGGUGGGGUUUUAAUGUUUAAAAAGAGAGAGAGAGAGAGAGAAAAGAAAACUAAAGUUAGAGAGACCCAUCUGUUUGAGCUACUGCAUAGAAGAGACAACUUUUAUUACAUCGCUGAUCCACGUGAUGAACAUUUCGAUGCUGUUCCAGACUGUAUGGGAAGUAUUUGAUGAAACAGGGAUAAGUUACAUUUAAGAAUUUUAUCAACUAUCUCCCAUUACAAAAAUCAACUCACUUGGAAUUCUUCAGACUAUAAAAUUGAGCAAGUAAAUAUUGGGUUUUAAUUUUCAUUUACCCAAACCAAGAUAGGAAAUUUCCCAAAAGAUCAUUUUUUUCAGGAAGGAAAGGUCAUUAGCCACUAGAGAUACUGGCAUUAUUAUGUACUAACAACACCCUAGCUAACCUGCUCCUGUCCUCUGUAGUGUUUAUAACAAAUAACAAUGACCUUCCAGCCCUGGACACUACCUCGAUACAGCAAACCAGAGAUCCUCUCUACACUUUCUAUGGAAGCCAUAAAAGUUGCCAUCAAUAUAUCUACUUUCAUAGCUCUGUACUUUUAUACUCUCUAGACUUUUUAUAGACUUUGUGAUCAGAUCUUUUUGUCUUAGAGGAUAGGUUUUGCAAGAUUCAAAGGAAAAUCAAACUCCUUGGUUGUCCCAGCUUUGAAGCUUUAGCCUCAGUAAAUUUGUUUAAAGAACUAGAUAAGGUACCACUUAUCAAAUUUUUCAUUAAAUUAUUUUGCAGAAUUGCAUAUCGGGAAAACAAACUUCUCUUCUCAUUCCCUAAAUAGAAGCUAUGUUGUUGUAAGAAACUACUUACAGAGUGGAUUUCUACCUUGUUAGACUCUGUGUAUAACUUGAUAAUCUAUGUAUUGUCAUAAUGUUCCUGGAGUUGUUUUUAUUUCCUUAUGACAGAUUAGUGAGUGUACAUCUCUCACGAAUCCCGUUUUAUCUCACUGCAGCUUCAGUCUCUCUCACUCUGUUCUUGAGUGCCUUCAAAAAGCCAGCAUCAUGGAACAUUCUUUUCCUGAUCUAAAUCCUACCUCUGAUGAUUCAUCCUCCAUGACUAUUGGAACUCACUCUUAUUCCAGUUGAUCUGUCUCUACAAACUAGCUCUAAAACCCUGGAUGUGAAUUUUUUAUGUAUUUCUGUUUUGUUCCCCCAUGUCGCUUUUAGAUUACAUUUUAAACUUUUAUUUAUAUCUUAUUUCUUCAUGUAUUACAUCUCUAGUGAUGAAAGGCUUUAUCCUUAUCUUAACUCCUCAUGUUCCUUUCUUUCACCAGAAAGUAGAUGUUCCUUUCAAAGGAAAGGUCAUUGGGCUUCCCUGGUGGCGCAGUGGUUGAGAGUCCGCCUGCCGAUGCAGGGGACACGGGUUCGUGCCCCGGUCCGGGAAGAUCCCACAUGCCACGGAGCGGCUGGGCCCGUGAGCCAUGGCCGCUGAGCCUGCGCGUCCGGAGCCUGUGCUCCGCAACGGGAGAGGCCACAACAGGGAGAGGCCCGCGUACCGCAAAAAAAAAAAAAAAAAAAAAAAGGUCAUUGAGUAUCUCUUUUGAACAUCUUUUUCUCAUCUUAGUCUUCCCGAAUGCCUCCCCUUUCUGAUUAAGGGAUCUUGAAUGCUGCUCUUGCUAUGCCCUAUUCUGAUAGGCUCUCUCUCUUCGAGAAGCAUUUGGCCAGGUUGUACCCCUAAUGUUAUUUGAGUCAAAUUAAUUUAAAAUUGCCCUCUGGGUUUACCAGAAGUCCUUGACUGACUUUUGAUCCGCCUCUCUCAUCCUUCCGUCCCUCAAAAACUUCCAGUUACUUUCUCUUCUACUUGUUCUAAUUAAUUUUUAAAAUAGUGUGGAUACGUAGUAUAUGAAGGAUGUAAUAAAAAGGAGGUUUCAGUCUGUUCUCCAUGUGAUAUGAGCACCUUAUUGAUAAAACAUUGUAGCAAUUGGCUCAUCUUUCACAGUCAGAACUGCAGUUUGUGCUGCGUACAGGUCUCUUGCUCCCUUUCAGUUCUCCUCCAAAACUGAAAACAAAUAGACCUCAUUAAAAUGAGGAAAUCAGAUGGCUUUUUUUUUUUUAAGUGAAUGAAAGCUAUUGAGUUGAGUAUUUUGGCCUUAGUCGAAAUUUUUCCUUUCUGACUUAAAACGUCAUGCCUCUUUCCUUAAAGUUGAGAUAAUACUAAUACUCAGGUUUUCAAGGCUAACUAGCCACCACAUGAAGUGGGAGUCUAAGAAGGCAGCUGUUCAUAAAUUCUUGUUGCUUUUAUCUGACGACAGUAUGUUAAUCGGUGGGAUAGUGUAACAUUGUGAGAAUGCUUAUGUUUGAUAACGAAUAAAUUCAGGCCAUUUGAAGAUGUCACUGGCUGUUUGGAAUGGGAAUACUCGUUUACAAAAUGCAAAAAGUAGAUUGCUACAGAAAUAAGUAACAAGAGUUUCUUGUUGUUUGAAAUCUUUUUGCUUUAGUAUGCCUUGAUAGUCCCCAAACCUAGAAGUUUGCCUCUUUUAGGUAGUAACUGGCUACCUAAAGUAACCACUUUGAAUCUGUGGCUUUUCUCCUGGGAAUCUCAGGCAGUACAGCAGUGGGAGCCCGUGUGGGGAGUGGGGGAGGGGGGGUGCUCACACCUGAGGAGCCACAUCCCUGAGACAGACUGUUGGCUUGUUUCAUGUCGUUGUAUGUAGGAGACGUUUGGCACAAGUAUCAAAGGGCCUUUGCCCCUACGAAGUGUCUCCUCCACUUUCUAGUUUCACACUAUUUGAGCUUCCCUGGUGAGAUCAGGGAUGUUACAAAUUACUUGAAAAUGAUUUGGGGGGACGGGGCAAGAAGGGGUGGGAGCUGAAUUUUGCUUCACUGUGGAAGGAAAUCUGGAACUUGCAUUGUUGAUUUUGAUCAACCAAAGAGCCUGUCUCUAUAGCGGAUGUGCCAAAGAAUCAAGUUGUUUCUAAAUAUCCAGCUCCUCUGAGCAAACACAGCUUCCUUCUUACCUGACUUUUACAGGUGAAGAGGGACCGUGUGAUCACAAGGCCAGAGACACCAACUCACAUUCUGCAUAGGACUUGAGGCUGCGUUUAAUUGCAUUCAGAAGUUGGUGGGAAAUAUUUUGUUCUUUUAGAAGCUCCAGCCUAUCCUAGAAAUAUCUUUUCUGUGCUUCAUUAUUCGACUCAUUAGACUUGUUCCAAAAGUAAAAAAGAAAGAAACUGUGUGGCGUAGUCUUGGUGUUUACUGCUGAAGUUGUAUCCCCAACCAUAUAUAUGCAGCCUCUGAAAAUCAGAUGAAUUCUUCUCAAUCUUCCAUAAGUUUGAAUAUGCAUCUUCCUCUUGACAUGGGCAGUAUGAUUCUGCUCCACCAGCAGUACUGGCUUUGUCCACAAGGGAGCAACAAAAUACUUUAGCUUCUUUAUUCUCACCUUCUAAAGAAAGAUCCCGCUUUUAAGUCUCUUAUAGAAUAUUCUCUCUAGGCUCAAUAUUUAUUUAUAGAUCUUGGUUUUUAAGACAUUUUCCCUUAUUACUAAGUGCUCAGCCUUCAUGAUGGAAACAAAGGUUGAUAUGCGGGUCAGAGGUCCUUGUGGGUCAGGCAUCUGAGUUAGCCUUUUUACAUAUUGGUGCCAGAGAUUGAAAGCCAGAACCUUCCCAUGGGGGAUCCGUUGUGUGCUAAAUGCAGAGCAGGAAGGCCACCCUCCUUACUUCUUUUCUCCCAAAUCCCACCGCCAGCACAGGGCCAUGACAUCUCUGAGAAGGACACCAGCGGCAGGGGUAACUCUGGAGUAUGAAAGAGGAAGUGCUUCUUACCUUCUCUGCUCCAAGCAGAUGUCUGUCACAGCAGGGACCAAGUCAGCGGGGUCAGCCCUGUGUCCUGACCUGUAGGGAGUCCCCUGCAGCAGCCAGUCCUCCCGGUUAGAAUUCAGUUUGUGUUCCCUCUGUGUCAGUUGCUUGUCUUGGGGCUCCUAACCCUCAUCAGUUCUCUGACUGCAAGUUUUGUUUGUGCUCAUAGCAGCACCUUCCUCACAAGAAGCAGGUCAGUAAUCGACUAAGAGGAAACACCAGACCCUAACUAUUUAGCCCGUAGAGCCAGGAGGCAUUUGUACCUGGAAUGGCCUUGCGAACAGAUACCUGCCUGGCCCUUUUUCCCCAGCCAAGUCUGACCCUGAGCAAUACAGACAGAUAGAGGCAUCCACUUGUAAGCCCAGCACUUGGCGAAAAACAAAACUGAAGCUGUGAUUGGUUUAGGUAACGGGGCCAGGUGUAACUUGGUUGUCUUUAUUUUUAUUUUCCCCGACAGUACUGAAAUCACUUGCACUUUUCCUCUUUUCUUAAAGAAAAAAUCCAGUUUGCUUGCCAGGAAUUGUUCAGCGUUAGGUUUACAAAGCUUGUUGUUGAAUGUUGAACAUUUGUCCAAAGGAGUUUGACAAAACAGAAGCUGCUUGGUCCCUGUUCUGCCUGCUAGGUCAUAAGGAUUAAGGCCAUGUAGCUGGGGUACUUGUGUCAAGUCCAGAAGAGGGCAGUGUCCCUCUCCUACCUCUGUGAGGACGCAAUUGAAGGUGAAGUUGGACUCAUGUAGGACAGGUACCUCUCGUGCUGCAAAGAAGUUUAGAGGAGUCUUUCAGUUGGGGAGGUGACAGGUAAUAGGACAGGAUCUCGUAAGAUGGGAAAGAUACUGGGGAGAGGAGAGCUGCUUGGCCCCAGGGAACCGUAGUGAGGGGGAACCAAGCUUCCCUCCUGAGUCUCCAAACUUGCCCAGCUUCCCUGAGGCCUCUGUAUUCCAGCAUCCUGUCAGAUCCCUCAAUGUACUGAUUCUCCCCCCUUGUGUUAACUGUACCAAUAUUAUUUUUUUAGCAAUUGAAAUGCACUUUUUAAUUUCAACUCAAUCAUGAUUUUAAGUAUAAAAAAUUUAUAGACUGUUAAAACUACUUUUUUGUGUAUUUUUAACCACUUGAUGUAGCAUUGUUUAUUUUAUUCUUAUGAGACUCUGGUACAAGGUGUGCCACUUCAUGAUAUUUCUGAGAUGCUGGGCCUUUGGAUGUGUACGGUAACCAACUUAAUGCUAAUGUUCACAGUAAAAAA